AUGCAGCUGUAUCGCCUCGGUCUGCUGGUCGCCUCCUUGGUGACCUCUAUUGGAGCCCAGUCCACCUUUACGCCUGCUCGACCUCCUGCUAUACCGCUCGCUGUCAGGUCGCCGUAUCUCAGCACAUGGCUUGAUGCAGGAAGUGAUGGUGGGAAUGGUGGCUACUUGGCUGGUCAAUGGCCUGUUUUCUGGCAAAACCAAGUUACUGGGUGGACUGGCAUGAUCCGUGUUGACGGCAAUGUUUAUACUUGGAUGGGCUUGCCCGGGUCUAAGACGGUCAAUCAGACCGCUUACGAGUAUACUUCGACUAAGAGCAUCUUCACUAUGAACGUGGAGAACAAGCUGGAGAUGAACAUUACUUUCUUGUCGCCUAUCACACCUGACGAUUUCAAGCGCCAGUCACUUGUCUUCUCAUAUCUUAAUGUCGAGGUCUCUUCUCUUGAUGGCCAGGAGCAUGAUGUUCAAGUAUAUGCGGAUAUCUCUGCAGAGUGGGUAUCGGGUGACCGAAAUACAAUUGCAGAAUGGGAUUAUGAUACAAUUGACGGUGUUGCAUACCAUAAAGUUUACCGACAGACUCAGCUGGCAUUCUCCCAGAACAAUGAACAGGGCGAAUGGGGUAACUGGUACUGGGCCACCGACGACUCUGACAGCAUGACCCACCAGUCCGGUGCCGAUACUGUUGUUCGUGGAGAAUUUGCCACGAAUGGAAAACUCACCAACAAUGGCGAUACCAACUUCCGAGCGAUCUCUUCAACCUGGCCCGUUUUCGGGUUCUCAUCUGAUCUGGGUUCGGUCAGCUCAUCGCCCGUGAGCACCCUGUUUUCGCUCGGUCUGACACAAGAUGAGGCUAUUCAAUUUGAAGGCGCCUCUGCUUACUCCCCGGUACCAUCAUUGUGGAAGAGUUACUUCGAUACCGAAUUGGAUGCGCUCUCGUUCUUCCACAAGGACUAUAGCCAAUCUAGCGAGCUUACAACUUCCUUUGAUAAUAGAGUGGCUGAAGACUCGAUUGCCACCGCUGGCCAGGACUAUCUCACUAUUACGUCGCUCUCGGUUCGGCAGGCGUUCGGCGCUACCCAGCUUUGUGGAACGGAGGACAAGAUGUAUCUGUUCCUGAAGGAAAUCUCUUCCGAUGGAAACAUGAACACCGUCGAUGUUAUCUUCCCAGCCUACCCAAUUUUCUUAUACACCAACCCUGCUUUGCUCAGACUGGUUCUUGAUCCACUGUUCGAGAACCAAGAAGCUAAAAAAUAUCCCCAUGACUAUUCUAUGCACGAUAUGGGCUCAUCUUACCCCAAUGCUACGGGCCACUCCGAUGGCAGUGACGAGAAAAUGCCCCUAGAAGAGUGCGGAGAUAUGCUCAUCAUGACUCUAGCCUACGCGCAGAAGGCCGGCGACACCGAUUAUUUGAACCUCCACUAUGAUCUUCUCAAGCAGUGGACCAGCUAUUUGGUUGAAGAUUCCCUCUACCCUGCCAACCAAAUUUCUACCGAUGACUUUGCCGGUUCAUUGGCCAACCAAACCAACCUAGCGCUCAAGGGCAUGAUUGGUAUUCAGGCCAUGGCUGUCAUUGCCAACCAAACCGGCCACAGCGACGAUGCUGCUAACUAUUCAAGUAUUGCUCAUGACUAUAUCACACAAUGGCAGGAACUGGCUAUUGCCAAGGAUGCUAGCCCGCCUCGAACGACUUUGUCGUACGGUGAUUCCACUAGCCAUGGUCUACUCUACAACCUGUUUGCCGAUGCUCAGCUGGGCUUGGAUCUAGUUCCGCAGUCUGUCUAUCAAAUGCAAAGCGACUUCUACCCCACUGUCGCUAACAAGUACGGUGUGCCUCUGGACACUCGCCAUACUUACACCAAGGGCGACUGGGAAUGCUUCACCGCAGCCAUUACUUCGGGUGACACCCGAACAAUGUUCAUCAAAGACCUUGCUACUUGGAUUAACGAGACCCCAACCAACCGACCUCUCACAGAUUUAUACGACACCGUGUCAGGAAAUUACCCUCAAAACACUUUCGUUGCUCGCCCUGUCAUUGGCGGAUCAUUCGCGCCGCUGCUUAUCCGCUAG